UGACUAUUCUUUUUUUGUCUCUUUAUUAUGACCAGGAAUGCUCAGGUUCUGCAGUGCCAAUGGUUCUGGUUAUCAACAACGUAGAUUGCACACCAUUUGUUCGAGGAGAAGAGUUUGAGAAAUUCAGCGGAAUUUUCAGAAAACAUGUGCGCACAUGUGCAGUCACUGUUAAAGGCAUUUCUGAGUUGGAGAGUGCUGUAAUAGAGGUCAGAGGUCUUGAGUCCGUGCCUUCCGGGGGACGACGGUGGACUGUAAACCAGAGACAACUGGAACAGCUCAUGAGGACCCAGAAAGCUUUCACAAGACUAGAGUCGUCGAUCAAUGAGCAGCUGCCCUUGGAUUUUUGGACUAUUGACUUGAGGGACGCUCCAUUGGCUCUGGCAGCAAUUAGUGGAGAGGACAUAUCUAAAGAAGUUUUGAGCAACAUAUUCAACAAAUUCUGCAUUGGAGAAUGA